AUGGCGGGCGUGUUAUCCACGCAUACCAAACAACGCCUCGACGAGCUCAUAGCGAGAGGGCUGCAGUCCAGCACCGACGGCGUCAACGCGAUUUUCUUGGAUACAAUCGAGAUUCUCAAGGGAGAGCACCUCAUCAGGCUUGUGAGGAAUGAGAACGCUGCGAAGUUCUUCGCGCACCCGAGGAACAGGUUCGGCCUCGGGCUCAGCCCGCACCAGGCCCAUCGGGCUGGCGCGAAGAUAUGCGGCAUCGGUGCAGAUAAGGCUGCAUUGACCAAUGCCUUCGCCAUCGGGAUGCAGGUGGAAGGCCCGAUGCGACAGGCAGCGGUGGACUUCAACCGCAGCGUCAUCACGCGGAGCAACGGCAUGCUUGCUCAACCCACGGGGCAGGAAAUGUACCUCGCGGUCGGGCGCGGCCAUACGGUGGCAUUCUGCAGGGCGGCCCAAGCUGGAUGCAGCACGCCCAAUGAGAAAAUCAAGGACGGCAGCGGCACCAUCGACAUUCAGAAAUUGUUCAAAGACAAGGUUUUCAAGUCCAUGAUCCAAGACGGGUGGGACUGGUGGAUCAUAUCCGCGGUCGUGGACAGGGAAUGCCCUCGGCACGCCGAUCUCGCGCAGAAGGCACUCAAUGCAAACAACCACGUGGCGUCCCUCAUCGGGGAGGUGGAGGCCGCGCAGAUGAUGGCGGAGUAUCUGAAGGACGGGGACCAGGCAGACGAUAACCUGGAGGAGAUGGCGCAGGAGUCCGUGCGAUCCAUGGGGUGUCCGUGUUCCCCCUACGUGGACAGCAUCAUUAAGUUCGUUCGGAUUUACGCUGGAGGGAUUGGCGCCCCCCACAUCCAGUUCAUCGACAAGGUUGCCAAGCAGUUCCACGCCACUGGAGUCACGUUCUACGACAGCAGUGGGCAGUACCCCCUCAUCAGGAACGCGAUGGUGCUGGCCAACCUCACAUCGAACACCAGGGAGGACGGAAUCGCAAAGCUCUUGUCGAGGACCGACGUGGUGAAGGUCGCGUCCAAGGCCAAGGCGGAGACAGCAGCUGAGUGCGAAGCAACCCUCAGGGCCGCUGCAAUCAUCGUCAAAUUCUUGAGGGGCGGCGGGAAGAUCAAGCCAGACGACGAGUUGGGCCCCCUUGGUCGCAUAUGGGUUCGCGUGGCGCUGUACGCCACCGACAAGGGGAACAAGGGCGACGAAGCAAGACCGAUGGAGUUGCCCGACAUCCAGUCGCAGUUCCUCGAUGAGCUCUCCGCGGCCGUCGGGGCGGAGGUCACGUGCGACUCAUGGGAGUCCGCCUGGAAAAAGACUGGCUACUCUAAGAAUGCGGAGGACGCCGGCGCCAGUGCAGCGCCGUGCAAAAAGCCAAAGGUCGUUGCAGAUAUGCAGGACCACGAGGACCCUGCCUGGAUCUGCUCGCAGAAGGGGAUCUUCCAGGGAUGCAUCGUGAUCAAGAAGGACGCCGCGGGGGACCCUGAGGGCCUUCACAAGCUAGUUGGGUUCGCCGAUGGGGUCCAGCUGCAGCAGUUGUUGAGUUACGUGGGUGCGCAGAACGGGAUCGCGUUUUCGAUCGCAGUGAAGGGGUUUAUGGAUAAGUGGACCCUGUACAACGGGACUGCGCUGCCCAAGCACUGGGUUGACGGCGAGAGCCCGACGGCCUGCCCAGGCACCGUGUAUGCAUGGGGUACCGAUUGGACUAAGGCGGGGCUGUUCAUCGCCAUCCACGAGAUAUACGAGGCCCAUGAUGACUUGAAGUUUUUCAGAUGCCCCGACGUGGUCAUGACCAAGAGGGAGUUCAAGAAGGGCGCCCUCGUCCUGGCUCCGAUGGUGCCGCUGUCCAACAUCUCCCUCAAGAAGACCGCGGGGGCAUGGGGCCUCGGCAAGCACAACGCGGGCAAGCAAGAGUUCUUCGCGACCAAGCCCGUCAGGCAGCCUGCCACGGCGGAGAUCGACGCCUCGUACGGCAUAAGCGCCUUCUGGUGGGUGAAGACAUCAGGGGAUACCAAGGCCGUCAACAUGCACACCAAGAUCAUGGACCACCUCGGCGUGUCAAUCCCGUGCUUGUGCAACACCACGAGGGCGAUCAAGGCUCACGAGACGUUGGUAUGCUUCAAGAAGUGA